CUUGAUCGCUGAGUGGAUCGCGGCUGCAUGCAGUGAAUCUCGAGUAGAUUGGAACAAAUUUAACCAAACUUUCCACAGUUCACAAAACCAAGCACCUAAAAGUUGUCAUCUAGGAAAAGUAGGCUUGUGUAAAAUGAUUGUAAUGGUUAAGCCAUCGUGAAGUAAUUGCCUUGAGUUGGAAUAAAGUCACGCUGAUGUUAAACAACAGAAACACUAACGAUAAGUAAUUGAUCAGAAAUGGCAGCGAAAGCCAGAGAAUCAAGGACCAAUGGCACCCCUAGCAACCGGAUUGGCCUGGCGCCACUUGCUUCCCUCCGAGAGCCUGUCUAUCCCACGGAACGAGCGGCCAAGUCAGCCAAGAAAACUGCCAUGGUGGCCCCGCUGGCUAGCGAGGGCAAUUUCCAGACACUGAAGAUGAAGACCAACCAGAGCCAGUGGACGCCCAUCCUUCACAAGCCGUCCAAUGAGCAGAUAUUUGUAGAAAGAAGAGAACUAAUUGGCCAUUGGUUUGACCUGUGGACGGAUGCUCAGAGGAAGCGUUUCUUGCAGUACAUCCUGCUGCGCUGCCGACGGGCACAGCUCCUUUACCUCUACAACUGGUUCCAGGGGCGUGUUCCCCUGGAGCACCUGGACUUCACUGCGGUGCUGCCGCGCUUUCUGGCACUCUACAUCCUGUCCUACCUGGACCCCCGUAGUCUGAGCAAGGCCGCCAUGGUGUGCUGGCAUUGGAAGUUCCUUGCCGAGCAGGACAUUCUGUGGAUGCCUAAAUGCAUCAAACUGGGCUGGUUCUUGCCUUACAAACCCAAGGAUAACGAAUACGGAGCAUGGAAGAGGCAUUACGUUCACUGCCUCCAGACGCUGGACGUUGCCCAAUCACCCAAAGAUUUUGGCCUGUAUGGCCGGAUGGGAGAUGGCUCAACUUUGGAUGACUCUGAAGCCAAAAAGAAGAAAAAGCAAAGAUCAAGUGAUGUCCUUGUCUCAAGCAGCUUGGACAGCCGUCCUGUCUGGCUGGACCCUGACCCCCGACCCCAGGAUCUAGAGAACGCCUACCAGAGCAUGGUGCAUUCUGGCAAUCCCAACCAGCCUGGAAUGCCCCCGUCCACCUGGAAACAUGCCAACAGUAAGACAGUGAACGCCUUGCCAGUGCGCAAGCACGGGAGGUCUUGGACAGAGCCGGCGAGGGAGUUUGAUUACGGGCUGGGAGCAAAGUCCAGAAGAGAACAGCAUCGAGCCCAAGGGAGAGAUGAUCUUGACUUCUCUGGAGUAUCCACAGAGGCGGUCACCCUUUCAGCAAGCAUUGCCUUGGAGAUGGGCCAACCCGUGGGCGCAGCCCUGCUACAGUCCAUCCGACACGAGGCCAAGAAACCGGUCACCCGCAGGAGAGACUUGUCUGCAGGGGGUGAUUACCCAGGAGGCAUUGCAACCCGUUCCCACAGUGCACUGGGCAAGCUGAGUCCCGCAGGGCCACGCCAGAACCCCCGUCUGCUUGUGAUCUCCUCACAGAUUACCGCUAUGCAGCUUCUCAUCUCUGCUGUCAAGCCUGAUGUCUUGGUUGUAGCCUAUGAGUACAUCGGAACCACCUUGGAGUCUCUCCUGUUCAAGAUUGAGGAAGUGCUAGCUGGAAUGCAGGCAAGGAGUAUCGGCAUCAUGGUUGAGGGCUGCGACGAGAUCCAGCUGGUGGGCUCCAUGGCAACCAGCCGAGCAUCCCUGGAGAGACCUGAACUCAAGUAUUUCUGGGAGCAGCUGUGUGCCAACAUCCUGCCUGGUGCUCAGGGGGGUCACUUGGACCUCUUUGUACCCCUUGCUGCCUGCGAUGAUGGGUGUAUUCUCUUGCAGCAGCUGAAUCAAUUGACCGGCAUUCCCUUCACGUCACCCUCCACGCUGUCAGACUCUAAGUAUGGACAUGUAAUGGGUGAAUGGGAUAACUGGGGAAAGUCGCCUAGUCCGGCUUCCCUGUACCUGGAGUAUGACAAACUACAAGGCUGGCUGGUGUCAGCACAGCGUGUCAUGGAGGCGGUUGCGGCCUGCCAGAAACACCUCAGGAGCUACCUCAGAGGGGAAAAGGAGGACCUGGUGGCUAAACUUGCAGGCGAUGUGGUGUUCAGUAAUCUUGGUACUCAGGAUGCCAGACUGGGUCAGAUUGCGCCCUCUCUAGUCCAGGCACUGUCCAACCUAACUGAGCAGUCAUUAGAGGUGGAUCCCUUGACAUUUGUAGGCAAGCAACUGAUCCAGGCAAGUGGACAAGACCAGAAAAUGACGGCUGCUAAACAGAGCCCAGCCAAGGGAUUGGCAGCAGUAUCCACCAAACCACUCAAAAAGAUGUCAAGUUUAGAUGUUGACGGUGACAGCGAAAUCUCGGAGGAGAUUGGGGAGGAGAUCUCAGACUUUGACAGCGAGGUUGAGAAUAUCAACCACAAGGCUCUCUACUCCUCUGUUUCAGAGCUCAGACCGGCAGAAGUACCAGUCACGACCGGUCCCCAGCAAGCAUCCACCUUCAAAGUAACACAGUUGCAAACGGGAGACCCCAGGCACAGCACUGCCGUCCAGAUCUUGUCGUCGGAGCUGGCCUACCUCAAACAUCUCAACAUCAUCGAGGAUGUCUACCGUAAGCCUCUCCUGGCGGCAAUCAAAUCCAACAAGGCCAUCAUCAGCCAAGCCAACGUCCAGAUGAUCUUCACUGAUGUCAACUUGAUCCUGUCCAUUACACGGGAGUUAGUGGAAGACAUGAGUGACCAUCUGGAGCAGUGGUCUCCGGAGCAGUGCAUUGGGGACUGUUUCAUCAAGCUUCAGGCCAAGCUGAAGACAUACACCAACUUCCACAAGAAUUAUCAGAUAGUGCUAUCCACGUUGGAUAAGUGUCGUCAGCAGUACCCAGCCUUCCGCGCCUUCCUGAAGCGCACCGACUGCUCCCCGCAGACUGGCAUGAUGUCGCUGACAGACCUGUUCCUCCGUCCUGCCAGGCGGGUGUGCGAGUACAUCCAGAUGCUCCUCGCCCAGCAGGGCGUGACCGCCGACGAGCAUCCCGACAACACGGACCUGGGCGUGGCCGUAGGAAUGUUCAGGCAGCUGCAGGCAUUUGUGGACGAGUGCCGGGAGAGGUCUGAGCGAGAGCGUCAGUUGCAAGAGUUGCAGCGUCGCAUCAAGAAGUGCCCCGCCCUGCUGGAAGCCAACCGCUUCCUGAUCAGAGAGCAAGUGGUCGCAAACAUGCAGCAGAUUGAGGAAAGUGGCAAGGCAACAGGCCUGUAUGAGCACAUAUCGGACCUGGGGCUCUUUCUCUUCAACGAUGCACUGAUGGUGACCAUACGAACUAUUAAAACCUUGCCAUACACACGACAGACUGAGGCACUGUACCACUUCCACUCGUCGGUAGCAUUGCCACGGUUACUGGUGCAGGAGUUGCCGGACUCCAAAUAUAUUCAGCAUGUGUUUGUUCUCCAAACACCCAAGCGUCGCUGGGUCUGUUCAGCUGAAGAUGAGAACGACAAGAUAACCUUAGUGUCUGCUAUCGAGACAGCAGUCCGGGCCUCCUUAGAUGAAACAUGAACAAUGCAAGUGGCAUACUGGGGAAAGCAUGUUCUCUAUUUUGACAUUGCGUUCCCGACUUUUCCCAACACACAGGUUGAAUUUGUCUGCACAGAAAACUGAAGGUACACAUGCUAUCUCAGUGUAGAUUGAAGAUAUAUAUAUAUUGAAAGUAACAGGUCUUCAACUUGUUAAGGAGCCAUGUUCUAUGUACAGAAAUUAGCUUUGGGGAAAUAAAGCUGUGAGCCAGUCAUAGGUGCUCUGCACAGUGCAACAUAUUUCACAGGUAACCACUUUUGCUCAACAUGCAUAUCUCUGUUGAUUUAAGCUUUGGGCCUAGCAGGUUGAUAGAUUGGCCUCUUUUUAACUGUAAUGUUGGUUUCCAGAUAUUUUUAUACUCAAAUCUAGCACAAAACACUGAAGGCUGUUUCGCUCUGGUGAUUAUGUAGAGUUUUUAACCACAUAUUUUUCUAUCUUUGUAUUUGUCACUCGGACUGUAAAAUAUUUUUGCUGAACAAGAGGUGUUAUUUAAGCUGAACUUUUUUCAUAGCUCAUUGCCGUUGUGAGUUGACUUCUGAGUUGGUGGAAAUCUGUGUGCACUAUGCUAACGCAGCAUGGUCAUGACACAUGAUGUGAUGUUUGUCGUCGCAUCCGUCUUUUUUUGUACACUUGCUGGCAUGUGUGAUGCUCACAUUUUGGACAUAGUAGUGAACCGUCAAUAAUGAUGUUAGUUACCAGAGGUGUUCGCUUCAGAAAAUGUUGCCAGCCAUAUGAUGACUUACUUUGGCAUCAAAGAUUACCAAAUAGUCCAUGUUCUUUCAUCAAAAAGGAUGCCUGCCAGCCAGUGACAUUUUGAUCUUGUUUCAAAGAUUUCCGUAGUGCUUUUUUUCUAACUCCAAAAUUCACCUUUGCACCUCAGCUAAUCAUAUUUUCAAUCUUGUGUCAAUAUUGACUGAGUAUUUUGCUGCCUUUUUGGUAUUUAUCCUACGAGUAUUUCCAUAUCAAUGUGAGCAUACGCUGAGGCAUUUGAUGAGAACAAUAUUUGGCUGAAAAAUUGGCCAAACCCAUGGGGCUUCCUGUGGGCAACGUUUUCAUUGUCCUUCGAAGUUGAAGGUAUUUUUUAAUGGCUAAAAAGAGCAGAGUCACUAGAAAAAGAAAACUCACGGUCUUUCAAACUGUUUCCAACUUUUUCAUAUAAAGAGUUUAUUUCAAUAUAUCCCGUACAGUUUUCCCAACAAAAAACCCAAAACGUUACGACAAAUAAGUUUAAAACUUGGACUAUUAAGUGUGGAGUAAUAUUAGAGAUGUGUUGGGCACAUUGCCAUCAUUUUCACAAAAAAGAUAGAUCUAUCUAGGCAUCGUAAAACUGAACAUUGGAAAAAACAUUUAAAACUGGUUACUUUUUAAAACAGGCAAUUUGUACAGAUUAAUUUCAAAUUAAGUAUACCUGUUAUGGCCGAUAAUGUAAUAAUCAGCAGAUAAUGUAAUAACCCAAGUGACCCAUAAUGAAAUAAAAUCGGCUGACUAAGUAAUGUAAUAACCCACUGGUUGAUAAUGCAAUAACACUGAGGCAUUACAUUAUUACAUUAUUGACUGGUAUUACAUUAUUGGCCAAUAUGCCAUUUGUGAGUUAAAUUUGAAUAAAAUGUGGUACACUGAGUUCUUUAAAUUCAUGUGAACAUAACAACUUGA